AUGACCCGUCCCAAGGUCCCCGAAGACAAACGCCAACGGACCGCCCAGGCCUGUGACACUUGUAAGCGCCGCAAGCAGAAGUGCAACGGCUCUAAACCAUGUACUACGUGUACGAAGAGGAGCUUGGUGUGUACGUACACACCGAAUCACAGCUCCGACCAGACUCCUCCAGACCAAUUAGCAUCUCCUUCUAAGCGUCGCAAUAUUGAAGAGCUCCCCACAACCAAGCCAGCUGUCCCAGAAGCUGCAUUUGCAUCAGAAAGCCCCGCGACGGUCACCACGCCAUGGGAAUCACAGACGCAGCCACCGCCCAGCGAGGACAAGCCCCACGUCGGCUUCGAUAUAAAGCCGUCAAUAGAGGAAGACCACGAGCCGACAGUAGGGGAGAAAGAGUUUGAUAUUCGUUCCCGGCACAGCACAGCCUCCGGCCCCGAUGAAGAGACUCCCCUUUUCCAGUCUGUCAGGAUGUUGCAGGACCCCACAGGAAGACUUCUCUAUGUUGGUGACUCGGCGUCGUUGGCCUAUCUGCAACUCAUAAGGAUGAUUGUAGAGGCCAGAACUGGACCCAGCGAAUUCACGAUGGAUCCAAGCCGUCACAAAAUCAUGGAGGCCACCAUAGCUAUGCCAGCUAACAUACGGCCGCCUCAUAUCUUACCUGAUAGGGAUACGGCGAAUGCGCUGGUUGAGUCUUUCUUCACGAAUACUCGCGGUUUCAUCGAGGUAUUCGACAGGUCUCUGUUCGAAAAGUCUCUUGAAGCGUGCUACACAGAUCCUCUUACGGCGCAGUCGUCGUUUCUUUGCUUGUUGUACCUGACUUUCGCCAUCGGCAUGGUCCUCGCAACGCCGCUUCCAAACACCAAGGAGGAUGUAAUCUUCAAGAAACUCAAGUCUACCGAAUUUGAUCGGGCCGAGCUUUUCUUCAGGAGCGCGAAAGCCCUCGGCGAUCCAAUCUCCGGGUUCGAAGACGCAGACUUCUGGUCUGUACAAGCGCUGUCGUUGAUGGCUGUAUACAUGCUCGCAGUGUCCAAGCGCAAUGCGGCAUACGCCUACUUUGGUAUGGCUGUGCGUUCCGGCUUUGCUCUCGGUUUACACAGAGUUCGUGAAAAUCACUUCAUUUUCAAGAGCGAAGAGGUCAGAUUACGCCGCAACCUCUGGAGAAGCUUGUUUGUGCUGGACCGAUUCCUCGCCGCCUCACUUGGCCGUCCCGUUGCGAUCGAUGAAGAGGAAUGCGCCCAAGAGGCUCUUCUGGUAUUCGAGAAGAACUCCGACGGAGACCUGGUAGAGGUCACGAACCCCAAUGACGGGCUCGACGCCGCUGUCAGAUGCUGCCGGAUUAUCGGUCAGAUAUUGAAGAAGAUAUACGCACGAAGACGGAUAUCGGUGCGCACGACAUCGGACAUUUGGGAGCAGUGUGGCAACUGGCAUUCGUCCUUGAGCGCUGAUCUAUCCCUGAGACAAGUGGCUGCCGAUCCUAGCAGUCCGGCGCAGGGCAUAGCGGCCCUUCACGUCAAUCUCCUCUAUUGUCACUCCAUCAUCCUGCUGACGAGACCAUACUUCAUAUCACUGCUGAGCAAAGUCCACAACGAGCGGAGUGGUUUCGCUCUGCCGGUUCCGCGCUGGAUCAGCCGCAUGUCGAAGUACUGCGAAGCCUGUCUCAGCGCGGCAAAUCAGACAAUUGUUCUGGUCCAGCAGGCAUUCGAGAGCAAUUAUCUGCCCCAACGCAAUCCCUUCAUCCUUUACUUCCUUUUCGCCGCCUCGCUCAUCGUCUUGAGCAACGAGUUUGCAUCAAUAUACCCCAAUCCAACUUACGCAGCAUCCAUAUCGAACACCAUCUCCAUCAUGAGAUACUGCGCGACGAGCGACCCCCAGGCUAACAGGCUGCUCUUCAUUCUCACGUCGUUCCGAGACGUCGUCUUCAAUCUGCAAUCCGAGCAGCCCGCCAUGCCCGCUCCGCAGACGCUGUCACCGACGUCGAUCCACGACCCGAUCGGCAAUCUUUUCAAGCGCUCUGCUGUCUCCCGCAAGAAUUCAUUCGCAACCGGCGCCACGUCUGGUCCCUUAUCGGGAGGGACAGCGCCCAAAGUCAUGGCGCCGCCUCCGUUGUCGAUGAAGACCGAACACAGCUUUUCGACGCCCACGGGGCCGUCUGCCGGCGUUUCUCCUGCCGGUAGCACCCCCGGCAUGUCCCAGAGCGACCUGAGCGCGAGGAUGGGCGGCGACUCGGACAUGUGCGACGAGGAGCUCCCCUUCGAUUCCAUGUGGGCCUUCGGCGCCGGCCCGGGUCCCGUGGCCGGUCCCAUGGUGGCGAGGCGAAAUGCACCACCACCACCCGGGGCCCCCGCACCGGCGCCGCCCGGCGUAGCGAUUCCGGGUCAAGGAUUUCCGGUGCAGGGCCAGGGCCCGCGGUUCCAAGGAUUCGGAAACUACGUCGUCCCGGGCGGUCCUGGUCCUAAUGGAGCAGGCGUACCCCCUCCUGGUGCUGGGGCCUACGUGGCGGCUUCGAGCGUGCCGAUGUACGUCCCGGCGGAGUACUCAUGA